UGAGCCAAGGUCAGCUGCUGCUGCGACGUUGCACGUGGUACCAGAUGAAUAUGGCGGCCUCCGUGUGUCGGUGCUACGAGCUGCUUGGCAGACGUGUCUGGAUCGUCAGUUCUCGGUCUCUGGUCCCAUCUUUGUGGAGCAGUGAUGUCUACAAGUUACAGAGAAGUCUGGUAGCAGCAGUGCAGGUGCGACAUGCCUCAGGACGUAAAGGUUUUCUGGGGGAGUUUGUGGAUAAUCUGCGUCAGGAGUUCAGUAAGAAUCAGGAGAUGAAAGAGAACAUAAAGAAGUUCAGAGAAGAGGCCAAGAGGCUUGAGGAGUCUGAUGCUCUUCAGCAGGCUCGCAGGAAAUAUAAAUCUAUAGAGGCCGAGACAGUGAAGACGUCUGAGGUGCUGAAGAAGACUUUGGGCUCACUGUCAGUGACUGUCAAGGAGGGUAUUGAGGAGGUGAGUCGGACUGACUUGGGGAAGAAGAUCAGGCAAGGUGUGGAGGAGGCGGCCAGGACGGCCGUGCACUCUGCUGAAUCUGUGUCCAAAGGAGGCGAGAAACUGGGCAGAACCAGUGCCUUCAAGGCACUUUCACAGGGUGUGGAAACAAUGAAGAAGGAGAUGCACGUAGGUGACGACGGCCCUUACAGAGCUCCUCUGCAGCUGAGGAAGAGGAGCGACUUCUCCUCUAAAGGAGCAGACAGUGACACUAGACUGUUCGAGGCCAAUGAAGAUGCUAUGGGUGUCGUUCUUCACAAGGAUUCUAAGUGGUACCAGCAGUGGAAGGACUUCAAAGAUAACAACGUAGUUUUCAACAGGUUCUUUGAGAUGAAGAUGAAAUAUGACGAAAGUGAUAACGCCUUCAUCAGAGCAUCCAGGGCUGUGACCGAGAGAGUCACCAGCUUCAUGGGUGGUCUUUUCUCAAAAACAGAAAUGUCUGAGGUGCUGACAGAGAUUGUGAAGGCAGAUCCCAGCUUCGACAAAGACUCUUUUCUCAAACAGUGUGAAAAAGACAUCAUCCCCAACAUACUGGAGGCUAUGAUUCGUGGAGAGUUGGAUGUAUUAAAAGACUGGUGCUAUGAAGCUACGUACAGUCAGCUAGCCCACCCGAUCCAGCAGGCCAGAGCUUUGGGGCACCUCUUUCACUCCAAAGUCCUCGACAUCGACAACAUUGAUCUAGCGAUGGGUAAGAUGAUGGAACAGGGUCCAGUCCUUAUUAUCACUUUCCAGGCCCAGGUUGUCAUGGUGAUUCGCAGCCCCAAAGGAGAAGUGGUGGAGGGCGAUCCGGAGAAGGUGAUGAGGAUGAUGCACGUUUGGGCGUUGUGCCGUGACCAGGAGGAGCUGAACUCCAAUGCAGCUUGGAGACUCCUGGACAUUUCUGCCUCCAGCACUGAGCAGGUUCUAUAGGAGCAGGAAGAUGAGUGACAGAGUGGCUAUGGACCACAAAGAGGAGAACACAACCAGAAGAAAGAAAGCUGCAUCUGGAAUGCUCACAUUGUUUGAAGGCAGGAUGCUCUUAUAAGGCAACACUGAAUCUGGUCUCAUUGGGACCUAGAUGUAUUUAUUUGUCCACAUUCAGUUACAAAAACAUACGUCACCAUGACCAUAAACCAUAUGACAUUUCCACACCAUCAGUGGCUGUCAGCACUGCCAUGUGCACGUCAUGUGUCACACUGGGUAGUUGAUGGAGAGUGGCUUCUAACUGCAGAACAUUUCUCUUAUGUGGUUUUUGGACUUGAUGGAGCCGGUGUUUUCACUGACUGACCAAUGGCGGAUCUCAUCCUGCUUUGUUCUCUCACCCUUUCAUCACCCGCACCAAGCCAAGCGGUGAAAUACGAAAACAUGCUGCUGUCGACAGUAAAAUGACAAUGUGGAUGUUGAUUCUGUGCAGUCACCUGCUGGGACAUUUUAAAGAUAAAUGUGAAGUUCAAUGUUCACACUGUUGUUUAAGGGGGGGCAUGAGGUCCUGGAGCAGAUGUGAUGAGGUUAUUAAUCACACACAAGUGACAGCAUGAAAUUUUAAAAGGCUCUGAUGCCUGACUUAAUGUACACUUAAAAUGACCACAUAUAGGUUUGGAUUAAAUGACCAUUGAGCUGUUGAUAUCUUACUAAUACAUGAAGAUAUGGAGGAAACAUUGUGACACUUUUGGUGGAGGUGGGGAAUGAUGGGAAGAGCUAUAUCCAGUGGUUCCUCAAGAAUUUUCAGGUUCUCAGAAAUGCAAAAGCAGCAAACAAAAAAAAAGCUCAUUUAAAUCAAUUACAGAAAUGUUUUAAUGUAUUGAAAUGUGCAACCUAUGAGCUCUCAAAAACACAUGAACACAGCAAGCAGGAUUAUCACCUCAGUCAAGAUGGUACUGCAACAAUUUUCAUUUUGCGUGUAUUGGGGUGUUCUUGUUUUUUAUUUUGUCUUCCCCCAUGAUUUUGGAAUAGAGUGCCAAUUAAAGUAUUUAGAGGUACUUCUGUUUCAUAUAGAGGUCUCAAACAAGCUGUUGGGCAUAAAUGAUGUAGUAGGAGGAUGUAUGUGAAAACACUCAAAGCAUUAUGGGACUUUAGACUGUUUGCUUUUUCAAAUAUGUUUCUUGAAAGUUAAAACCUGGAUGCAAAGCUUCAUGAAUCAGAUAUUUUUUCCUCAGUCUUUCAUUUACAAAUGACUGUUUAAUUAGUGAUCGUUAAAGUUUAAAUGAACACGCAGCUCAGUUGGCUGCUGGGUCACACAACAAAAUCACAGCUUAAUGACCGUUAAGUUGUUUUAAUGUGAAAAUGAUUUGAAAGAAAGUUACAUCUAUAAGUGAUCAGCAGGUGUUUGACUCACUUGUGGAGCACAGCAGAACAGGAAAUGACAAAGGUGUGUUUAUCCCUCACGUUUUGGAACGGCCUCACUCAGCGCUGAUCCGAGUGUUUUGGAUGCCCCAAAAUGAAUAUAUUCCAAGUUAA